AUGUCAUCCAUUUACAAGGCGUUGGCCGGUAAAGACCAAAGAUCUAAGGGCAGUGACUCUAAAAAUGAAAAGCAGUUCAUGAACAAGCAGCGCACAUUGCUGAUCUCUUCUAGAGGUGUCACUUACAGGCACCGUCAUUUGAUCCAGGACCUUUACAGCUUGUUGCCUCAGUCCCGGAAAGAGCCUAAGUUGGACACCAAGAAGGACCUUGGGCAGUUGAACGAAAUCGCAGAACUAUACAACUGCAAUAACAUUCUUUUCUUUGAGGCCCGAAAGCACCAGGAUCUGUACCUAUGGCUCUCGAAGCCUCCUAACGGCCCCACUAUCAAGUUCUACCUACAGAACUUGCAUACUAUGGACGAGCUGAACUUCACAGGAAACUGCCUGAAAGGUUCACGGCCAAUUUUGUCCUUUGACGCGCGUUUCGACUCAUCGCCCCAUUUCAAGCUCAUCAAAGAGCUGUUCAUACACAACUUUGGCGUGCCUCCUCAUGCCCGCAAGUCCAAGCCUUUCAUCGACCAUGUUAUGUCUUUCAGCAUAGUCGACGACAAAGUGUGGGUGAGAACAUACGAGAUCUCGCAUAAAGCUAGGAACCAGGACGAGUACGAAGAGAAAGACGAAGCAGAGCAGGACAUAUCUUUGGUCGAAAUUGGUCCUCGUUUUGUUAUGACCGUGAUUUUGAUCCUGGAAGGUUCUUUCGGCGGCCCUAAAAUUUACGAAAACAAGCAGUACGUGUCACCAAAUGUUGUGAGGGCCCAAAUGAAGCAACAGGCCGCCGAAGAGGCGCGCAACAGAGCCGAAGCUGCUGUUCAACGGAAGGUCAAGAGAAGGGAGAACGUGCUAGCUGCAGACCCCCUGUCGAACGAUGUGGUGUUCAAAAACUGA